UCAUCUACAUCAAGCGCGCAAACCAGCAGCCAAGGUGAAACGCUUUUCCCUCACGCGCGUCUGUUUAAGAAAAAAAAGGGAGAAAGAGAGAGAGAAAACUUCGCUUUCUUCACCCUCGCUGCGUCUUGGACCAAUCUCCGCUCGUUUUAUUCGUCUUUUCCUGCCUUUUUUCCCUUCUCCCUCCUCAUCCCGUCCCUCCCCCCUUGAGCGAGAGUCUCCCUGGCUGUGUUGUAGGCGCGUGUUAUAAAGCGGAAAGCCCCGCCGUUCCCCUCAGAUCGGAGCGCUCUGACCGCUGCGCGCACCAGCUAUCAGACAAUCAGGACCCGAACCUGCUCACAGCUAUGACCCUGCUGCUCUCUCUACCUGGAUUAACUCCCAAGUAACCGCUGUUUGUCGCGCCCCCACCCCCCCUCUCACACCAUCACCUCCCACAACAGCAGCAGCAGCAGCCUCCUCACCGGCUCCUUCGUCCUGUCCCCCCAGCCUCCAACUCUCAGCUUUGUUCUGCGGUCAUGGGGUGCGUUGUGUCCUUUUUGCCUGGACUGCUGAGGGGCUUGGCCGUGCUGUGAGGCGGAUACCAGGUGGAUUUAUGGUCCGCAAAGCCGCAACUACCAGCCGAGGGAAAUUAGUGGAACUUUGAGCUCCGGGAGGAUGCAGGUGACGUGUUGGUGCGCCGUGUUCCUCCUGACGCCCGCACUUUGUCUGAUUACAAGUGCCCACGCCUCAAAGUCGGACAUUGUCAAGUCGGGAAGCCCCAAAUCCACACUAAAGCAUAUAUGGACAGAAAGCAGUAAGGAUAUGUCCAUCAGUAGGCUGCUGUCACAGACUCUACAUGGCAAAGAGAACAGCACAGCCUUGGACCUUCGCUAUGACACUCCAGAGCCCUACUCUGAGCAGGACCUGUGGGACUGGCUGAGGAACUCCACAGACUUGCAGGACUCGCGGCCGCGGGCUAAACGGCGGCCAAUGGUCAAGACAGGAAAGUUCAAGAAGAUGUUUGGCUGGGACUUCCACUCUAACAUUAAGACGGUCAAACUCAACCUGCUGAUCACCGGUAAGAUUGUGGAUCACGGCAAUGGCACCUUUAGUGUCUACUUCCGCCACAACUCCACAGGCCAGGGCAAUGUGUCUGUCAGCUUGGUCCCUCCAACCAAGAUAGUGGAGUUCGAUGUGGCGGCACAGCAGUCCGUCAUCGACGCCAAGGACUCAAAGUCCUUCAACUGCCGCAUAGAGUAUGAGAAGGUGGAAAAGGGGGCCAAGAACACGCUCUGCAACUUCGACCCAUCCAAGACCUGCUACCAGGAGCAGACCCAGAGCCACGUCUCUUGGCUCUGCUCCAAACCUUUCAAAGUCAUCUGCAUCUUCAUUUCCUUCUACAGCACCGACUACAAACUGGUGCAGAAAGUGUGCCCGGACUACAACUACCACAGUGACACUCCUUACUUUCCCUCUGGCUGACAUUCCCAUACGCUCACAUACAGAGAAGUGGACGAGUGGAGCACAGACUGGGGCUUCUACCCAUGGCAGAGAAGUGUGUAUGUUAGCCGUACUGUCCCUAAACAUGUCCAUACCAGAGUUUCAGCCAUCCCAACUUAUUUCCCAAUUUAAUGUUCUGAAUUUUGCAGAGAGCAGUUAUUUUAACUUUUAAAAAGGUGGUAAAUAGGACUGUAAUAUGCUUAAAAAUUACCUGAAAAACUAUGAUUGUUAUCAAUUAGAAUUAUGUUCCUGAAUUAUGUUUUUUCCCUGUUAGAUAGCAGGGGCUUAUUAGUCCUUUUGGGAUUGUUAUUGCUAUUAAACUCUGCCCUUUGUUGUUUUGCUUCAUGUUUAGUUUCAACUUCUUUUCGAACUAGAUCUUAAUAACUUUGUUUUUCCUCUUUUAGUAUAUUUCAUAUUCGAUGCAUUAACUCUCUGGACAACAACAUUAUGGACUGUUUGCCCCUGCUGUGCUAUCUACGCUCUGCAGUUUAUCCUGCAUAACUGGAAAACAAAAUUAACUUCUCAUUUAAAAAGAAUUAAAAAAAGAAAAAGAAAAUCCUUUUUACAAACGUGCAAGACAAGAAGAGGACAGUGAAGAUUCAAAUGUGAGUUUGAUGCUUUUUAGAAAUGUGAGGCGCUCCCUGCCUAUGAAGGGGCGAGCUGCAAUCGAGCAGGCUUCUCCCUCAGGUGAGUUUCAGCCAGGAGAGAGAAUGUGUUAAAAUGCUGUAACGCUGUCGUCUGAGCGUUGCUGCUCGUGCAGCUAGGUGUUGAGUUUGUCGGGUGAUUGGUUCAUUCUCGGCUGAUUGAAUGUCUGAUUACCUGACUGAUUGAUCAGUGGCUCGUUCGUGGGGGAUGGGGCUUGCUCAUUGUCACUUAUUAUAUCAAAUGUAAUGUAUUGAAUUCUAUAUCUUAGAGCCUAAUUUGUAUGAAUGGUUUGUAUUGUACAUAGUUUAUCCCAAUUGCGCUGCUUCUGUACAUGCCCCCCAUGAGCUGUGUAUUUACCCCUCACCCGCUAAACCCUCUUGUUCACUCCAUUUAUGCUUGUUCUUGGUUCCUCUAACAAAGAAAAUGAUGUUGCUGCCCUAGAUGUGAAUUUCAUGAAAACAGCAAUCCUGUAGAGGACUGACUAAAUAUAUUAAAAGUAUUAAUUGAAA